UUUUUUUCUGCUCUACUGCAGCUACUCUCAGAUGAUCCAUCUGUCACCCACCUGCAGCUGAUCUUGUACCCACACUGCAGCCACAACAUGAGCAUACGGAAACUGAGUUUCAAGUGGUUUGGUAGCCUCACCAACCUCUCCUUUCGCCGCUCCAGUGAUGCCAAGUCUGAAUCAAAGUCUGACGCACCGAACCUGGCACCGAUUGUUGAGACAACAGUGGACGACAUGGGGACCAUGCGUCCUCGCACUGCCAGCUACGUCCGCUCCACUGACAACUACUCUCACAUGGGGACGCUGCCACGACUGCUGAUGAAGAGGAGGGAUAAGAACAAUAAAGGAGGCACCAGCAGCAAUAAGAAGAGUAAAGACAAGAGCAGCAUCUUCAGGAGUCAAAGCCAGCGCCCUGCAGGAGACAGAGACCGUGAGGUCUGGAGGCUCACAGCGUCCCCAUCCAAAGUGACUGGGGAUGGGACUCGAGAUGAAGCUGAAACUGGGCUCAACAAAGACUCUCUCACUGAUCCAAAGACCCAACCUGAAACAACAAUGACAUCUAAUGUCACAACAACCCAAAACAUCAUCUCUGACCCUAUAGCUGCCACAUCGCCAUCUGGUGGCUCAAGUGCUGCAGUCCAACCAGAGACUUGUGAGCAGAGCAUCGCCCAGACAGGUGCAGACUUGAAGCCUGAAGAGAUUUCAUCAGCUCCACUCAGCCAGGAGAGUGAUCAGACUCACAAGGAUGAUGGGUCAGAGUCUGGGCCUGUAUCUGAACCAAAGGAGGAGGCAGAGAGCAGAGAGCAGGCAGAAGGAGGAGCGGGCAAAAGAAACCAAAACUCUGAAGGCAUUUACAGCUACAUGAAGCCAGUAGAGAGCCAGGCCGAAUAUGUGCAGUUCUCCAAGGAGAAGUACCUGCUGGAGUCUCCUCCUGAGAAGCUUCGUAAGGAGCUGGAGGAGGAGCUGAAGCUGAGUGCUGCUGACAUCAGGAGCCAUGGCUGGUACCAUGGACACAUACCCAGAGAGGUGUCAGAGACUCUGGUUGUGCGUAACGGAGAUUUCCUGGUGCGUGACUCUCUGACCAGUGUGGGAGACUACGUGCUGACCUGUCGGUGGGAUAAUGAGGUGCUGCACUUCAAGAUCAGCAAAGUCCUGGUCAAAUCCAAUGAGACCAAGGUGCAGUAUAUGUUGGAGUCUGACAGCUUCGACUCGGUCCAGGAGCUCGUGCGGUUUUAUGUGGGCCAGCGCAAACCGGUCUCCCAGUCCAGCGGUGUCCACAUUUACUGUCCGGUCAGCAGGACUCUUCCUCUGCGUUACCUGGAAGCCACCUUCGCUCUGGCGACCAGCAAGCAAGGCUCCGCCUACUCGCCGUCCAGUCAGAGGGGAGCCUACAUCAAGAGACGGAGUGUCACCAUGACUGACGGGCUGACGACGGAGAAGAUGAUUCCUCACAGUGACUCAGACAGUCCCAGUCCAGUUAAGACACCAGUGGCACCACCAGAACCUGAGCCGGAACCUGUGCCCAACUGCAGCCCGUCGACAAUCCACCACCAUAAAGACGCAAUGCGGAACUGUGCCAUGAGCAUGGACCAGAUUCAGGAGUACCGCUGCCCCUUAUCACCUGUAGGGGAAACCCCGCUGUCUCCUGCAUACAGUGCAAUCACCAGGCAGAGAGCCCACUCAAGCGGGCGGGUCCUGGCCGUCGUCCCACCUUCCCCCGUGAUGCGUCGUUCCAGCGACCCUCAGCUAAGCCCCUCGGCCUGUGACAACCCUCCAGAGCAUCCCGCGCAUACCUCUCACUCUGCACACUCCACGCCCGCCCAUCAUCCCAGCUACCAAUCACAUUCCUCAGAUACAGCAGGGAGCUACUGUGACCUCAGACCUUGCCCCGCUGGGCCCCCGAAACCCCCGACUAAGAGCUACGUGGAGCGGUUGCGAGUGGAAGAAGGGAGGGAGGGAGGAGCGAGGGAGGACGGAGAGGGGAUGUUCAGCGUCCCACAGGUGGAGACCGCGUCCUCGUUCAGGCCAUCCAGGUUUGAGUCUUGCCUCUUGCCAGCUGAGAAUAAGCCUCUGGAGAUGUCGGUGUUGAAGAGAGUCAAAGAGCUGCUGGCUGAGGUGGACGCAAGGACCGCGGCCAAACACAUCACCAUGGUGGACUGCAUGGUGGCGAGAAUAUUAGGCGUAACCUCAGACAUGCAAAGGAUGAUGGGAGUGUCCUCAGGGUUGGAGUUACUGACACUACCACAUGGACACCAGCUAAGACUCGACCUAUUGGAGAGGUUCUACACCAUGUCUAUCAUGAUGGCUGUGGACCUGCUGGGCUGUACAGGAAGCACAGAGGAGAGGGCGGCCCUGCUCCACAAGACCAUCCAGCUGGCAGCAGAGUUGAAAAGCAGCCUGGGCAACAUGUUUGGCUUUGCUGCUGUGAUGAGAGCCCUGGAGCUGCCACAGAUUUCCCGCCUUGAGCAGACAUGGGUGACAUUACGCCAGAGACACACAGAGGGCGCUAUUCUAUAUGAGAAGAAACUCAAACCUUUCAUGAAGAAUAUGAACGAUGGCAAAGAUUCGAGUGCCCUGUCCAACACCUCCGUCCCCCACAUCAUUCCAGUCCUGUCCUUACUGGAGCGGGGUUUGGCUGUGGGAGAGGCGCUGGAGCCCUGGGAGAGUGCAGAGGUGGGAGUAGACGUGGUCAUGUACCACCUAGAAGCAGCUCGUACCAUCGCACAUCACGGGGGGAUCUACAGAACCAACACUGAGACCAAACUGCAGGGAUUCCAGGAGCGAGCAGAAAUCCGCGAGAUCUUCCAGACAGAGUUUCAGAUGCGUCUCCUGUGGGGCAGCCGCGGGUCUGAGGGCAGCCAAUCGGAGCGUUACGAGAAGUUCGACAAGGUCCUCACCGCUCUAUCACACAAGCUGGAGCCUCCUGUGCGCCACAGCGAGCUAUAGCAGCCGCCCCAGCGCCUGACAUCGCCAAAACACCCCCAUCUGCACUCACCACUCAUUGUGGUAUGGUCUUGUUUUGCAUCGCAGGGGAUGAUGUGGAAGAGUCCAGCGUGAACACUGGGAGGGGGGUGAAAGAAGAGGCAGCUAACAGAGCAUGUGCAGUGAACCAGACAGAGGAGGAGAGGGUCUCACUCAUAACACGUGUUGCACUCACUGUGGACUUCCUCACUUAGCGCUAAAAUAUUUAAACGGCGUCUGACAGGAGACAAGCUAAGAGGAAAAGAGGAGAUGGGUGACCAGCUCCUCUGCUUGGGACAAACAGUGACAUGUGUACGGUGCGUCCCGAGGGCCAAACAGAGCUGCAGAGUUUUGCUUUGCUCCCAAAUAAACCCAACAGACUUUCUCUUGUUCCAACUGCUGUCACACACUGUAGCAGAAAUGCUAUUACACAGCUCAUAUAUAGAUGUUCUGUCCAUGCGAGUGAGUGAGUGAGUGAGUGUGUGUGUGUGUGUGUGUCUGUACGCGGGUGUAUGUAUGUUUACAUUCCUUCAUUUUUUUUAUGUCAUUAAUGCUUCAUGUAUUUUUUUUUAUCUUAUUUAUUUGUCAUCAUCAAAGGACAUUUAAACAUCAUGGUUGUUGCUUCACCAAACUCAUGCCAGUGCUCAAUCUGAGGGAACCGUGUUCAUAAGACCUCAUUAAAUAUGUAUCAAGCAGUCCCAUUGAAUCCCAUUAAAAAUGUAUCAGGCAUGCAUUAAUAAAUGUAUCAGAAAUGAAACAUUUGCAGAAAUAAUGCAGCAACUUCAAUACGAGGGCUUUGCACGUUGUUAAAAAUGUUAAGAGGACAAAGCAACAUCUCCCUCUGUUGUAGCUGUUUGACUCAUACAUUUUGAUAUUGUGUGUCUUGUGCACAUAAUUUAGCUUAAAACGGCACAUAGAGACAGAGAAAGGAAGGGCAUGUAUACUCUUUAAAUUUAGUUUAAGCAAUGUUUCACUCAGUAUAUUGACAUUUCUGAACAUGCUGUUCGUUGGUAUGACUCCGGCUUCAGUUUGUAAAGUUGCACAAAUAAUUGAAAUGGUUGAUGCAUGCAGCUAUUAAUGUUAUACCAAGUAAAAUGUUGCUUUAAACUACUAAUUUAAAUAUAACAAUGUGUCAAACUUGAGAAAUAUGCAGAUGAUACAGUGAAGAUCUUUCAGGUUUGUGGAUAAUCUUGAAUGACACCAAACAGAGAAAUCUGUUAUCUUCCAUCUUUUUUUUUUUUUUUUUACACUUUGAAACCCAAUGAAUGAUAAAAGAAGUUCCCAAACUAAGUCGAAUAAGGACAUGUUGACCACAGCCCUGCUUCAGAAAAUGUCUUUUGGUUGUAUGUUUUGAGUUUCAGCACUAGAGCUCAUUCUUUUAUUGCUAUGGGAUUACAUUUUGGUUGACUGUUGUGUUGAAUUAUUGCUGUAUUUACAGCAUGUGGGCCUGAGAGGGCUGGAGCCGACUCUCAGAGCUAUGCAAUCAUUUCAACCAAGGGCUGAGACCCCUGAGGAACAGGCAUCCAUCACAAUAUUCACUUUUUGCCCCUGGCAUUGCCUUCUUUUUACAAUGCAUAUCCUUUGUUCUUCCUAACCCUAUCCAAAGUGAUGAUCUAUAUAUGAACUAAAGUCAUAUCAGAUAUCAAUCAAACAGAAAUAAAUCUAAAAAAUAUCCCUCUGCCUGAGAGUUGCAUAUCAGAGAUUCUUACAUGGAUGUUUGAUUGUCCUACUUUCUAGCCUGAACCUGUAAAAAGGAGCCAUGUGCCAGUUCCCGCUGUGGUCCAGCAGGGGGCGAUCUUUGGUCAGCAAAAAAUAGUGAAUCAUUAAUUGUAAUACAAUAUAACAGGAAGGCAUAUACACAAAAAAAACACACCUACUGUGUGUGUUUUGAGACCAAUGUUUGAUAUCAAUGUUAUUGGAUAGCAAACCUACUGGUUUAUGUUUGAUAUGUGAUAACACUGAUGAUGAAAAAGUGAUGAUGUAAUGUGUUUUUAUUUGUCCUCUGUUGAAUGCUGUACAGGAAUGCUCUGACAGUGUGUGGAUCCUCCUGUUUUUUAUGACAGGACUGUGUGAGAUGAACAUGAAAAGCAAAAAGACAAGAAAUGUUUCAGGACUGAUCUCAUGUUUUUUUUACGUACUGUACAUAGCAAUUCACUUUUUUUCAAAUAAAAUGAUUGCUCGUGUCAAA